CUGUGGUCAAUUAAAAAAUAUCCUCCUCCACAACAUCUUUAUUACCAUUUUAAUCUGGUCACAUAUUGUGAUGAUUUUUCUGAUAUAGUUGUCAAAAUAGGCAGCCCCGAUGGCUUUGUCGACAGUCUAGACCAUAUCCUGUCAAUGUUUUGGGCUUAGGGGGCGUGUACUAGGGGAUGGCCUGUAAAGAUGCCCUACACUAAGGUGUGCUGCCUCCGCUGCAGGCGCUGGGGGAUGCUUCGUGCUGAUUGGUUGGCGCUUACGGUCAAUGGCACGCGACUAUGGAUGUAGUUAUAAGAGUCCUCGCGUGCCGCCUUUCAAACUGAACCAACUCUUGAGCAUCAAGAGGAAAGAUCGAAGAGUCGGAGAUUGUUGUUACUGGGCAACACCAACGCAUUACCAAAAAUGGACACUGUGUUGGAUCCAUUCACGGGCUUAGAUUCCUUCUCCUCCCCUUAUUUUGACGACGAUGACUUCUUCACGGACCAGUCGUCGAGAGACCACUUGGACACGGACGAAUUUCUGGACGAGGAUGUCGAUUUUUUCACAAAUCAAAUUCAAGAGUAUUACAAGGACAGUCGGAUAUCACAGGACGGAGAUUAUUGUGAUGUUGGCAACUUCUCGUUUUCCUCCUCUUCCUCGACUUUCUCAUACGGAUGCGCUGACAGCACGUCGGAGCUCUCCCCUCACAGAGGAGACGGUUCCUUAUUGAAGAGGCGAAGGCGCAUGAGGUCCGAAGUGGAGAUGCAACAGUUGCGCCAAGCUGCCAACGUCCGGGAAAGACGGAGGAUGCAAUCCAUUAACGAUGCUUUUGAGGGAUUGAGAUCUCACAUCCCUACUUUACCAUACGAGAAGAGACUUUCAAAAGUUGACACGUUACGGCUUGCUAUCGGCUAUAUUAAUUUCCUUGCAGAACUUGUACAGUCCGACAUGCCAAUUCGGAACCCGAAUAGUGACACUUUAAACCAGCCUAAAAAAGUCAUCAUUUGCCACAGAGGAACAAGAUCUCCAUCUCCAAAUGAUCCUGACUACGGGUUGCCUCCUCUCGCCGGCCACUCUCUUUCAUGGACUGAUGAGAAGCAGUUAAAAGAUCAGAACAUCAUCAGAACAGCCAAAGUCUGGACACCAGAAGACCCAAGAAAGUUGCACUUGAAAUCAUCCAUUAACAAUAUAGAGAAUGAACCCCCCUUUAAUUUUAUGCCCUAGAGAGCAGUGCCAUUAUUGUGCUAUAAUAGCAUAUUUUUGCAUACCCGUUGUGUACAACUAAAAUUGUAUGGAUAUAUGCCAUUAUUUCUAUUUUUCUUUGUAAUAUAUUACUGUGACUUUUUCUGUACUUCAGCUCUUCAGUCUGAAUUGAACAUAAGGCCACUGGCAAUCAUUGUAUGUCAAAUAUAUUUAAUUGUUUUAAUUAUGCUGUAAUAUAUUUUUUAAUUUAAUAAGUCUGAUUUUUUUUGUCAAACAAAACAUAUUUUUUUACAAACCAAACGCGGAAAAAUCGUAUAUAUUUAUACUGAUGACUUAAUAAACUUGUCUAAUGACUUGCUUUCAUGUGGUUGCGUCUUUCACUGUGUAAUGGGUAUAAUAUAUAAAUCAAUUUCUAAAACCCAAAAUCAUUAUUGCUUUUGUUACAGCUAGACAUCAAUUAAUUGACUAAUCAUUUAGCUUAUAACUUAAGUAGUGGUUUAGAUGUGGUUUAAAAGUCUGCGUUACAAAAAAAUAUAUAUAUAUUGACUACGUAUAUAGUAGUAGCCUACAGUAUGAAAUAAGGAUAUGGGUAAUUAGGAUAUGCAUCUUAUAAAUGAGUCAAUCUUCCGUUACAAUGACUGGACCAGAGUCAAAUUGUGCGUUUAACUGUAACCAAAUCUAACAUCUGAAUAGAUGCUUUCAUAUGAGAAACCUUUUAUAUACGGUUAGACCAACAGCUGAAAGAUGUCACUAUGCAUCAUUAUAGAAAACUGACGGACACACACUGUGACUCUGACAGUCGUGGUGACAAAAAUAAAUACGUAAAUAGGAGAGGAACGAGUAUAUUUUAACGCGCGUCUCUAAAUUGUUAAAAGAGGCAUGACGUUUCCUUGUGCCUUGGGCAGUUGGCCUGGGUACACCGCAGGUGCUUCAAGGCAAAAUUUUCCCGUGGUAUCCACUUGUGAUCUAUGUACCCAGUUGUCUCUACGUCAGCUCUCGCAGUUAUUAAGAGGUAGCCCAAACACAUGGCCAUCUCCACAUAUCCAACUCGUCAUGAGCGCUUGGAGGCUAAUAUCACGGAUAGACUGGCAUCACAGGUUGCCUACGGGAGUCAAAUUUACUAACCACAAGGAAAGAAAAGCAUCCUCUCUUCUCUAGGAUGAGGUUCAUUUAACCUAGUUGGCCUUGUCUUCUUUUGCUGGCAGAGGGAAAUUAAGUAAUGAAUAAGUAAUGGAGUAAUGGAGCUACUAAUGGAGGUUUUAAAGUUGCAAUAAAAAUGAAAUGAAAAACUGUAA